AUGCCAGUUUGCAAAGAACACCAACGCCUCAAGUCGUGCGGGUGCGAUCUUGCCCUCAAGCAGGAAGGGGAGUACCUGUUGGGACUGGUUAUAGACGUGAUCGCACGUGUGAUUUUCUUUACGCCAUCCCGUCUCAUGAGCAUGUGGCCUUUCGAAGCGGUGCUGGAGCAAGCAUUCAUGGAAUCACCCAUGCUGACUUCAGACGUCGCGCGUGCCAACAUUCACAUUGCACUGCGGAACGACCCCGAGCGGCGUCGGUGCCCAGGGCUUACCUGGGAGGGAGUGGGGCUAAGGCACUACAAAGGUGUCUUCACAAUCCCUCCUCACACCCCCAUGCAAUCCUACACCCCCUUCCCCCUCUCCCCUAUGUUUCUUUCCCCCAAGCCCUCCUAUGUUAGCCGCUUUGCCCAUCCGCUUUGCCCAUGUUUCCGCCCUGUGGGUGAUUCAGUCCAGAGCUUACCUGGGAGGGAAGUGGGGCUAAGGCACUACAACGGUGUCUUCACAACCCCUCAUCACACCCCCAUGCAAUCCCACACCCCCUUCCCCCUCUCCCCUAUGUUUCUUUCCCCCAAGCCCUCCUAUGUUAGCCGCUCUGCCCAUGUUUCCGCCCUGUGGGUGAUUCAGUCCAGGGCUUACCUGGGAGGGAGUGGGGCUAAGGCACUCCCAGGUGUCUUCACAACCCAUCCUCGCACCCCCAUGCAAUCCUACACCCCCUUCCCCCUCUCCCCUAUGUUUCUUUCCCCCAAGCCCUCCUAUGUUAGCCGCUUUGCCCAUGUUUCCGCCCUGUGGGUGAUUCAGUCCAGAGCUUACCUGGGAGGGAAUGGGGCUAAGGCACUCCCAGGUGCUUUAUCAAGUGUCGAGCACCGUAUUAAAAACAACGGUGCCAAUGUGUCGCACGGUCCUGGCAUCAACGGCAGGAAGGUUUGCGAGUAUCUACGGAAUGUGACGGCAUGGUGCAAGGCUGCCAUUAUGGCCCCCUCAGUCAACGGGAGCGGCCCUUGGUACAAGGCCAGUGAAAGGGCGUGGGCCUCCUCAACGACCGGCAAAAUCUACAUCUCCAUCGACGGCAUUGAAGACACAGAGGGCAUCAACCGCUUUGCACAGCCUGCACCUGUCCCGGCCCCGCAGCCUGUGCUGGCCCCAGCCGGGCAGCCUGUGCCUGCCCCAGCCGGGCAGCCUGUCCCUGCCCCAGCCGGGCAGCCUGUCCCUGCCCCAGCCGGGCAGCCUGUCCCUGCACCUGCCGGGCAGCCUGUGCUGGCCCAAGCCGUGCAGCCUGUGUCAUUCCCGGCCUUCCAGCCUGUGCCAGCCCCAUCCGCGCAGCCUGUGCCUGUCCCGGCUGCACCAUUUGUGCCUGUCCCUGUCGCCCAGGUAGCGUCCGUCACGUCCGCGCAGGCUGUGCCCGUCCCGGCCGCACAUCCCGGGCCUGCACCGGCCGCACAGGCAGGGCCUGCCCCGGUCACACCGGCUGGACCUGUCCAGGUCGCAUGGGGGGAUGGCUUUCUGUUUGGAUGA